CCUCCUCCUCCUCCCUUCUCCUUGAUCAGACGGGCUGCUGCUGUUGCUACUGGGCUGCCUUGGACACAGCACUCAGCCGGGGGAAUUAUGCCCUGCCCAGCAGCGGCAGCUUUGCCUAUUUGAAGAGCCGCACCUAUGCAUACCAAGCACUCCUAAAUCCGGGGAUAUCCCCGUGUUUAUUGGUUAUUAUGAGCAUGGAAGACUAUGACUACCUGUUCAAAAUCGUUCUCAUAGGAAAUGCUGGGGUUGGAAAGACAUGUCUCGUCCGGCGCUUUACUCAGGGGCUUUUCCCACCUGGACAAGGGGCUACUAUUGGAGUGGAUUUCAUGAUUAAAACAGUGGAAAUCAAUGGGGAGAAGGUCAAGUUGCAGAUAUGGGAUACAGCUGGACAGGAGAGAUUUCGCUCCAUUACUCAGAGUUACUACCGCAGUGCCAAUGCCCUCAUUCUUACGUAUGACAUUACCUGUGAGGACUCCUUUAGGUGCCUUCCAGAGUGGCUGAAGGAGAUUGAGCAGUAUGCCAACAACCAAGUGGUGACUAUAUUAGUCGGUAAUAAAAUAGACCUGGCGGACAAGAGAGAGGUUCUCAGGCAGAGGGCCGAAGACUUCGCUCAGGCUCAGAGUAUGCUGUAUCUGGAGACGUCGGCCAAAGAGUCCGACAACGUCGAGAAACUCUUCCUCGACCUGGCGUGCGAACUCAUUCGAGAAGCCAAGCAGAACAAGCUCGACAACAAUGACACUGCCCCGAUGCCUGGCGAGGGUAAAACCAUCAGUUAUUUGAACUGCUGCAGCCUCAAUUAAAAGGGAGCUCAGCUGCCCCGGCCGCGGUAACUCGGUAGCCAUUGACUGUAGAGCGUAGAUGGCCGGGCCCCAAUGCCUCCGUCCUACUAAGAUGGCAUAAAGCCAAGCCUUAGUUUGGUCAUGUUUUUUUCCCCCCAUGCCUUUUAUAAGCAGUACAAAGGAGCUAGUUGACAUUAGUUUUUAAAGCGCUACCGUCACUGACACCAGUCAUCCUCACUGGAUCAGGAUAUACAGGUGCAUGUCAAUUAAUUAGAAUAUCAUCAAAAAGGUAAUUCAUAUCACUAAUUCAGUUCAAAAAGUAAAAACGUGCAUAUUAUAUAGAUUCAUUGCUUGCAUAGUAAAACAUUUCAGUUGUUUAUUUCUGGGCCUGUUUCCCAAUCAAGUUCAGUAAAACAACGGUCACUGAGGCAGGUAUUGGCUGUGUGGGCAUAUGUCAAGUCCCACUGGAAAAUUACAGCAGCAUCUCUAUGAAGCUUUGUCAGCAGAAGGAAGCGUGAAGUUCUCUAAAAGGUUGUAGAUGCCUGUGCUGACUGUGGACUUCUGAAAUCACAGUGGACCAAGCUCAGCAGAUGACAUGGCUCCCCAGAUCAUCACUGACUGUGAGAACUUGACACCAGACCUGAAGCAACUUAGAUUCUGUGCUCCCCCAGUCUCACCUCACGCUCUGGGACCCUAAUAUCCAAGUUAAAUGCAAAUUUUACUUUCACCUAAAAUGACAGUCCUGAGGUUUUUUUCCUCUUUAGCCCGGGUAAGUUGCUUCUGAGAUCAUCUCUGGUGCACAGGAGUGCCGUAACACAAGGAAUGCCACAGUUGUUGCACAUAUCCUUAUGUCUGUGUGGGGGCUAUUGAAGUUCUGUCUGAAGUGGUAAUCCACAGCUAAUUUCUUUACAAUCCUCUGUAGGGGGCAGAUAUCCUAAUAUUGUAUGUGCAGCCUUUUCUACAACUUUUCCUUCCACCAAACUUUCCAAUAAUAUGCUUUGAAACUGCACUCUGUCAUCAGCCAACCUCUUCAAAAAUGCCUUUUGGUACCUCACCCUCCUUCUGGAAGGUGACUGUGAGUGUCGGGUUGAUGAAUACCAUGGAGAUGGCGUAACAUUUCUGUGAAAAAAAAAGAAGUCAUAUUAUGAUGUUCUGAGAAGAAAUUAUUUUGAUUAUCCGCUGGUUCUUGGCAAUAAUCAAAACUGACAGAAAUCACGGUUUAAAACACAUUACUCUGUGUUUAAUGAAUCUAUAUAAUUCAGGAGUUUUACUCUUUAAACUCAGUUACUGCAACAAUUUUUUUAAGUCAUAUCCUAAUUUCUUGAGAUGCACUUACGUCUGAUUGAUAAAUCCUGUAAUCUGAGUGGGACUUCAUUUUAUCCUCACCGUGGUGAAAUGGCAGGACUUCCCAGUUUGGCCUUUAGGAUCCAUUGUUUUCAUCCGACAUCAGUAUUCACCAGCAGUAUUAUGAGAGCCAAAAUCUCUGCCAGGUAUAUCGUUACAAAUGGGCUGACAAGUUUUGUGAUCAUUGGAGGUUAUUAGUUAUCAGUAACAUGUUUACAUGCAUUGCAUUUCGGAGAUUACUAAGGUCAAGUUGCAAAACAAAAAACGUUUGAAAACGUAACCUAAAAUCUGUUGCACUUUUAUUUCCCCUCACACUUUCCUCUGCUCUGAGAAUCAGCGAUCUCAUUUCUUAAUCAUUUUUUUUGCACCUGUCAUUACAUACUGUGAAGCAUAUUUGUUUCUCCAUUUUGACUUUUUAAUUGCUGCUAGAACAUGUAUUUAUGUCAUAAAAACCGAAACACAUCAUACAGUAUUGUGUGUUGCUAUUAAUAUUUUUUUUUUUAGUAUAUUGGCAGUUUUAGUGAUUGCGGAUUUAGUUUGAAACGGUUGGAAAGCCUUCUAUCAAUGGGACGUCUAAGUAGAUUUUUCUUUAUGACCGUCGGCUGUUUUUGUUAACAUACACAUGAAUAUUCCCGCAUUUGUCGGUGCUGGUCAUGAAAUAGUUUGAAGGGGUAUGUCCAUGUAGUUUUAUAUAACUCGUAUUUCAUAUUAUGCUUUCUGUGAACUUCUUAUGUUGUUCAGCAUGGUAGUGUCUAAAAUGAUAAUUUCUUCAUUUUACCAUAACCGCAGGCUGCUGUAUUGCACAAUGCCAUAUACUGCACACUUAGUAUUGUGUGUUAUUUUUUUUAUUUUUUUUUUGUUUAUUGUAACAAUUAGUGUUUUCUUGUACAGAUUUAUUACUGUAGUACAUUGUGGCACACUUAUUUUAUGAUUUUGUACUUUCCAUUGUGUUUUUUUUUUUCCAUUUGCUAGAAGUGCCAGAAUGAUGUUAUUCUUUGUACUUUAGGUUUAAGAGGAGAUACUUGCGGCUAAUCCUUUACAUGUCAACUUCAGUGGGAUUUACAAAUGAAAGGCUGUUUGAAUUGUGCUUUUUUUGUGUACAAAAAUAAUCCCUAAAAUACUGUGUAUAACAUUAAACAGCUACACUAAU